AUGCAGACUGAACAACCACCACCACAAUCACAGUCUUUUAAUAUCUCUACAGAGCUCGCUACAGAUCGAUUGACACAACUUCAAGAGAGACUAUGUUAUACAUUCUACGAGUGUCUGCGCGAACUGAAUAGUUCCGAUUCACAGGAUCCAGAACAAUUGCCAGCAAAACGGCAUGAUUACGUUUCACGAAUCACCGUAACUUUAAAGCAAAUAGAAGUGUUUGUGAGUGAGUUACCUGGAGUGAAUCAGACGGAGAGUCAGCAGCUUGAAGCAUUAGCUGACCUCGAAAAGGAGAUGGAAAAUGCAAAUAAAGAGUAUUUGGAGGCAAUUGAAGAAGCAGAAAACCUGAUGACACAGGUGAAGCAGGCUAUUCAGGCCAUAUUCGCGGAUCAAGUCACUUACGCUUCCACUACUACAACUAGCGAUGACAAUAAUAACGCUGUUACUACAUCGAAGAGAUUGGCUUGUCUCUUGCAAGAGAAAGAACCUUUAGACUGUGUAAAUAUGUAA